AUGAUGAUUAAUUCACCAGUGACAUCUCCAACUCAAUUACCUCGUUACUAUUUUGGUCCGAGUGAUUUGUUAACUCGUCAUAUUCAAUUAGUAACAAAAGAUAAUACACUCGAUUUUACAAUAACGGGAGGAAAUGGUAUGGAGCCAAUUCAUGUGACCGGUGUUGUUUGGGGAUCACAAGCGUAUUUACAAGGCAUGCGAUCGGGCGAUGAAAUUGUUAGUGUUAAUGAAAUACCCUUUAAAGAUAUUACCUAUUCACAGGCCAUUGGAGUAUUAUAUUCAUCACCUUGUUUGGAUAUCAUUCUUCGUGCAUCACAAGAUCAUCCGUUAGAUACUACACUUUACAAUUGGUAUAAUCCGACAUUAAAACGUACCACGUCGCCACCCCCAAAAAAUUAUUUAGCAUCAAAUACACAAUUACAUUAUUUUCAAAAAACAGUAAAUUUACAUGCUCGACCCGGCCGACGCUUGGGACUGAGUAUUCGUGGUGGAACCGAAUUUGGGCUUGGUAUAUUUGUUAGUGGAAUUGAUAAAGAUUCGUUAUCCGAUCAAGCUGGACUAAGAGUUGGUGAUCAAAUAUUAGAAGUAAAUGAUAUUGAUUUUUGUCAUAUAAAUCAUAGUGAUGCUGUCCAAAUCUUGCAAACACAUAAUCAAAUGAAAAUUCAUAUAAGACAAUUAGAUAAACUGCCAUUACCAAAACACCAGCAACAAAUAUCAAUACAACCAAGUCGUGUAUCAUCGCCUAUUCCACAAAAAUAUUCGACAACAACAACUCCUCUCGCAUGUGAUAUUCUCCCUCCUAAAUCGCAUCGUGUUAUUCAACAAGAUCAACGUAGUCACCAUUCAUCAUCGUAUGAAUCACUCAUUUUAGCCGAUAUUAAUCGUCAAUUAACGAAAGAUGACUAUUCCCACGAAGCUUUAGGGUUAAUCAAUUACUAUCUGACAUCUUAUCUGCAACGAAAGAUAACCAUUGAUGAUAUGAUACAGCCUUUAUUAGAUUUGAUCAAGUACAGACAACAUAAAAAUCAUUUAUUGGAAUUAAUCCGUGAUUUAAUUCGUUAUGAAGACAUUGAUCGUUUUGAUAUUCAUACACUAAGAGAAGAUUUAAGUAGUUUAAAGUUGGCACAUGACCGUUUAUUACGUCAAUCACUAUCAGCAACUAUGUCUCCGUUAGCGAUGUCUCAAUCUGCUGGAAAUCUUCAAUACCGUCGGUAUCCAUUAUCAUCAUCAACGAAUAAUUAUAUAAAUGAUAAUAAUCGAAAUGCUAAAAGUAGAGAUACAAGUCCGAAUAGUGUUUACAAACAAAAUGAACGUAUAUUAACACCAAAAUCACUUCAUUCUGAUAGAUAUGAAAAUGAAUUAAAUCAUUUAUUGAUGAAUUCAACAGUACAAAAUAAUCAAGAAAAUCGCUCUCAAUGGUUAAGUGAUAAACAUCAUUAUCCACAUACGUUUACUUCAGUGCCAUCUCCUAGCGUUCUAUCACGAACAAAUUCUCCAGUACAAAUAAAAAAAGCAAAAAGUUCAAGUAAUGUUGGACAGAGUAAUAGUUCACAGACAUCACCAAGAAUACGAAAGAAAAAUCUGUUUCAAAUUGAACAAUCACAUGCAGAUUUAUCGAUAAACGAUAAAGAAACUAUUGACAAUUUCUUAAAAGAAUAUAGUGAACCGUAUCCUAUAACUAUUCAUAAAAUUCGUUCCACAUUAGGUAUUGCUAUUGAAGGAGGAUUAAAUGAUAGAAUACCGAUACCAAGAGUUGUCAACGUACAGCAUGAUGGUUCGGCUUAUUUAUCGUCUGGUUUACGUGUUGGACAUUUAAUUUUGGCUUUAAAUGGUUAUUCAAUGAAAGGUUUCUUACAUCGUGAAGCAGCCAUGUUUAUUGCAAGUGCAUUCAAAGAUGAAUCAACAUCAAAAAUGAUUUUAACGGUUUCAGAACCCAAACAAUAA